AGGACCCGAGCUCAGCUCUUAAACACUUGACCGGAGGUCAGCCUGGCGCAAGGCUCAGGUGUUGGCUACUGUCGGUGUUGGCUACUCUGUGACGGCCUCAGCACGACUGCCCCAGUGGCUGGGAAGCUGACAGACAGCCCCUAUUCCCUGCACACUCAAAAUGGGCGUGUGUUGCAGUUUACCUUUCCGGUUGCUUAAUCCUUGCCAUGAGCUAACAGCCACCAAGGGGCGGGGGGUUCCUGUUCGUGGAAUGGCCUUAGGAAAAUCAGCUGCUUUUUUCAAGUCGGGUUUUCUCAGAAGAUAUAUUUCUUAUAUGGGAAAGCCUCAAAAGGAGUGAUGAUCGGCGAUCUCCCAGGAAUCCUGGCUGUUCAUUCCCAUGCUUCAAGGCACCGCGUCGGGAACCACCACACCAGCUCCUGGGAUCAGCCACUCAUCCUCCUAGGACCCCGCUGUGUCUGAAGUACCAAGGCCAGGUUUGGCUGACCACGAAUGGCUACCCAAAGGAAACACCUGGUGAAAGAUUUCAAUCCUUACAUUACCUGCUAUAUCUGUAAAGGGUAUCUCAUCAAGCCGACCACGGUGACGGAAUGCCUCCACACGUUCUGUAAGACAUGUAUUGUCCAGCACUUUGAAGAUAGCAAUGACUGUCCAAGGUGUGGCAACCAAGUUCACGAGACAAAUCCUUUAGAAAUGUUGAGGUUGGAUAACACAUUAGAAGAAAUUAUAUUUAAGCUGGUCCCUGGACUCAGAGAGCAAGAACUUGAGCGGGAAUCUGAAUUCUGGAAGAAAAACAAGCCUCAAGAAAACGGACAAGAUGAUACUUCAAAAGUUGACAAGCCCAAAGUGGAUGAAGAAGGUGAUGAAAAUCAAGAUGAUAAAGAUUAUCACAGAAGUGACCCACAAAUCGCCAUAUGUCUGGAUUGUUUACGAAACAACGGCCAGUCAGGAGACAACGUGGUAAAGGGUUUAAUGAAGAAAUUCAUUCGAUGUUCUACACGUGUGACUGUAGGAACCAUUAAAAAAUUUCUAAGUUUAAAACUAAAACUUCCAAGUUCUUAUGAGUUGGAUGUGCUGUGCAAUGGUGAAAUUAUGGGGAAGGAUCAUACUAUGGAAUUCAUCUAUAUGACAAGAUGGCGUCUAAGAGGCGAAAACUUUCGGUGUGUGAACUGCUCAUCUUCGCAAGUCUGCCCACAGGAUGGCCCUUUGUAUCAGUCGUAUCCUAUGGUAUUGCAGUAUCGACCAAGAAUUGAUUUCGGUUAGACCAAGGGACCUGGCCGUCACUGAGAUGAAUCCUGCACUAUUGGUUUACUCAUGAACAGAUUGCACCGUGAAUGGUGUGUGGACGAGAGGGAAACAGAUUUUCAGCAUGCAAAUAAGGCCAUUGUCUGUCUCAACUGUCAGUUGCAUUCAUGUUGUUUCUAUCAGAAGCAAACCAAGUGCCAUUUUGCUCCUGAACUGUCUACGCAAGGUAUUUGUGCCAUCUCACAGCGUGCAAGUCGUGGGUAAAAUCAGGUGUGCAUCAGGAACCUAAGUAUUCGCUUGCCUGUUCCAAGACUGUAACAUUUAAUUACACUAGCUCAGUGGCUCAGUCUUUGUGGUACUGCAGUUUUCACAUACUAUUUCAUUAAUUUUUAUUCAAAUAGAGUACUGUACAAGAACCUGAUAGUUAUAUCUUGAAAUUAUUUUGUAUGGAAAUAGAGAAGUGGUUUCUGAACCAUUGUCCUGUUCUUGGUUAAGCUUUUUAUGUAAAAAAAAAAAUCCAUGCUUGAGUGUGCAAGUCCUCCUGUGAAGAAUUCCAGUCAUUCUUUAACCUUGGAGCACAUCCUCACUGUAGACCUUCUAAGCGUCUGUCUAGGCUACCAGUUGCACAAGGAAGGCACGUCAGCCCUCCCAGUGGAAAACACAUGUGACUUCCUGGACAAUUGAAGAUGGAUUCGCAACCAUUCUAAAUGUUGGCAGCUGAUCAUUUACUCCUAAUAAAAAAUCAGUAUGUAGGUAAGGUUGCUGUUUGAUAAUGCCUUAUGAAAAGCAGGUGCUGCUUAAUGAGUCGUCCCUGUGCAGCCCGCCUUACGUGCGCGUCUUCACAUUGUUGCUGUCACUUAAUGAGUACAUGGCUUCUCUUUCAGCCGGCCUUAGAUGUGUCACUGGCAUGCAGCAGGGGACAACCAUUUUACAUGUUAGGAUUUUUAGAGCAGAUGAUAUUAGAUAUUAGCUAUUUUACGGAUUUCUAAAAGUCUCAAAACAGUUACAGAUCAAAACUUAUCACGUUUCCAAACCAUAUGCUUAAAAUAGGAUACAUACAGUGCUGUAGGUAAAUAGGCUAAUCAAAGUUCAUCGUUUGAGGGUAUUUUAAUUUAGAUCCUGUUGUAACAGUCACAGGGAAUGGGCUUCCUGUCCUGUGCGAGUUCAUCAAGGUGCGAGCUAUGACAGUGUCCUUGAUUUCUGCAGUUUUGUUCAGUCUUUCAUUCUUUGGGGGUUUAGUCUGCAGGGAUCUUGUUACCCUAAUUUUAUGAAAAACUUCCCUUUAAACCCUGUCAACUUCGGUUUUCAAAAACCUUGUGUGGAAAUUGUUUUACUCAUUGCUUUGAAAUAAGUGAAACACAAACUGGAAAAUUCUUGAAAGUUAGGAAAAAUUUAGGUAUCUUACAUGAGCACAAUCUGUGUUAAACACAGUUUUAAUACUGUAUACAUGGUAAAAAAAAAUGCUACAUUUCCAGCUGAAAUAUAUCCUAAGGAAAUGCCUUUUGAUUUUUAAAAUGCUGCUUAGAAGCACUGCACAGUACAAAGAUAUAUUUAAAAAAAAGCCCAGAGUCGUGAUGUAAAAGGCUACAGCUCCACAAUUAUCUUUUCCUUCUGUUUUGUUCAAGUCAAAGUCUAUAUUAAAAUUGUCUUAUUCCAAAUUUUGUAGGAAAAGACAAUGGAAAUACUUAACUGUUUUGAUAGGUUAUUUUCCUAGAAGUUCUCACAGGCAGAAUUUUAAAAGGCAGAUUUUCACUAAUUCUUUCAGUGGAUGGGGAAAACAGAAACAUACACACA